UACCAGCUCCGUCUGUCCACAACAGAAGUCGCGUGUUGAGCGCCGCUCGAAGCUGGGCGAGAAAGCGCGAAGAGAUGUAAUGGACUCGGCUUCACAGCGGCGCUCCGAGAGACCCUCCGCGGGCAGAGAGGAGGCGAAGAGAAAUGAGACAGGAAAUCAACACUGGGCUGAAGAGCAGCUGGAUGAAUAUUUAAUCAGCCUGCAACACAAAAACAGAGCGCUGAGGAAACUGCAGAUUAAAGAUCCGAAGCAGAUCGAGUUGGAGCAGCUGGAACAGGGCUUCACCCUCUACAUCAACGGCGCUAACGCUAACGUUGCUAAGGGCAGUCGACCCAGCAGGAGACCCGCUCAGAGAUACCUAACCAGCCCCCCACCAGCGCACAGGAACACACACACCGCAGAUGCUUCCAGAAGGAGUGGAGUAGAACAUCCCGCACCGAGGAGUCACACAGCACCUGAGAGAGUCCAGCGCAGAGAAUGGGUCCAGAAGUCGAUACGUAUCCGCACCGAGACAGGAGACCGGGUCAGAGUGUGCCCAGAAGAUAGGUACUCGGACGACUUUGAGACGUACGAGAGCGUAAACAUGGAGGCUGGCCGAGGGGACUGUAAAGUAUCCAGAGUUUUGGGGUCUCACUCAGACUCUGAACCUGCAGACAGGGUUCUGCUCAACCUCGGUCAAGUGAAAGUACUGCGGCGCAGCCUGGAGGCGAGUGUGCGGCGGAGCAGCCAUGACUCUGCAGGGGAGGAGUCAGAGGAGGAGUGGGUGGAGGAGCAGCUGGAAAGAGAGGAGAGUAACGAGAGUCUGACUGACAUGACCCUGCCCUCCUCCCCCAAACCCACACAGCCAAUCAGCAGCCAUCCCAGCCCUGAUGACCUCAUCGUGCUGGACUUUGGCCCCUCCCAUAAAGGGCGUAAGAUUGAGCGCUCCCUCUCGGCUAAGCGGAAGGACAGUGUGGAAUCGUAUGUUCCCACCAAGCCUGUUCUAGUGAAGAAAACAACAGACAGAUCCAACAGAACCAGACAGGACACAUCACGGCCAUGUAGUCGUGUAGAGCGCCCCCUGUCAGCGGUGCGUAGAGUUCAGGAUGAGAGGGAUUCAGAAGAGACUGCAGUCCGAGUGCUGGAGGCUCUACAGAGAGAAAACUCCCCCACACACUCACGGCUCUCAGACAGAACAUCACUCACGCGCACGCCUGAUCACAGAGAGACCAGAGUGUUCAGCCUCAGUCCGAAGAGAACACAUCAGCAGAUGAACGGCUCCAUUCAUGAUGAGGAUGAUGAGGACGAAGAGGAAGAUGAGGGUCGAGUGACUAAAGCCAUGCAGAGGAUAACUCUGAUGGGGCCCAGUCAGCAGAAGCGUCUACUGAAGGCUCUGGAGAGAAUUGAAGCUGAAGCUGAAUCCGCCGUUUCUCACAGACGGAUCAGCAGCCCUCCACAGACUGCGACUUGGACGAGAAAACCGACCGUGACAGAGGUGACGUCCACUCUGUAUGUUACCAUGGAGAUUUUGUCUAACUGGGGUAACCCUGGUCGUGUUGGACUGACGGAGGUUCAGUUUUUCUGUCGGAGGAACCGCAGGCUCUACGUCUCUCCUCACGACUUGGACAUCCGAAACACCGACCAACCCGGCAACCUCGCAGCGCUCGUCAACGGAAAGACUAAAACCACUAAAGAGCGUAAUAUGUGGGCGUGUACGUUUCACGCUCCUGUUCAGCUGUACUUCGUGGUCAGAAAUGCAGAACGGUCUCCGGAUUUCAGCAUCUCCCGCAUUAAAAUCUGGAAUUAUAACCGCAGUUUGAACGAGCUGGACGUCGGAGCGCGUGAGGUGCGCCUGUAUGUGAACAGCACGCUGGUGUUUGAAGGCCAGCUUCAAAAAGGCUGUGGCAACCAGGUGUUCGACUGCAGCACCACCAUCGACCUACAGGAACUACAUCUCCCAGAGUGCACCUCUCCCAGCCCCGUCUCCUCAGGACACAGCCUGCGGGGCUGUAGUCCGCAUCGCUAUGACGACAGGGUCCCGGAAAUCAGCCCCAGCCAAUCAGACCAGCCCAUCCCUGCCUACCCAAAGGAGCCAACCGAGAGGAGUAGCACCAGCCAGUUGGCGCUCAGCCCUGCCUAUGUAAAGGAAGCGAGCCAGGUCAGUCUCGACCAAUCGGAGCGCGGCGUCGCUCCUGCCAUCGCCUCUGACAACCGUGCGAUGCAGAGGGACUCGUUAGAGCGAGAUUCGCCCCCACUGGACCUCACCCUGGGGCAGAAGCAGCAACAGAGAGAGGCAGUUACUACGGUGACCACCCAGCCUGCCUCCUGCCGGACUCCCGAGUGGCUCCGGUCACCGCGGGAACGUGAGCGCCCCCUGUGGCUCACAGCACAGAAUGCAGCUGAGGAAACGAAACCAAAACCCAAACACUCCGUGCUGCCCGACAUCCCCUGCAACCCAGCCAGGGUGUGUGGCGCGUCCUCCGGGAAAGCCUCCGGCCACAAGAGGGCGCUAAACGGGUUGCAGAGAGAAGCUUCGUCAGAGUUCAGUGCCGAUUCACUGGAGCUGGACCCUGAACUCAACCUGGACGGAGAAUCAGAAAGCAGACCGUCGGACCUGGACACGAACGUCCUGCCAAAACGGGAUUUGGACCUGCUGGACGAGCUAAAUCAGAAACCGCACCGGCCGGUCAGCGGCAGGAGAGGAUCCGCACGCUCAAAAAACAAACCAAGCCUGAACCACAACCACGAGAGAACCUCUGACAUCACUGCCUCAGUUUCUCUAGAUGACUUUGGUCCAGUUUCCAGCAGUAGCCAAAGGCUGCGUUCUGAUUGGCGGAGCGAGCAGGACGACACGUUAAUGGAGUCGUGGGAUUCACUGAUGAAGUUCAAUCAGAGCCAGAAGGGCCGCAUUUCCAACAUGUCCCUGGAGGGGGACAUCUUCGACGAGUUUCUGCAGCGCCAGUCCCGCCGCCCUGCGGCCGUGACCUCUGACUCCCGCGACUGCCGACCCCGUGACCUCCGAUACCGGGAUGACCCACGCGACCCGCUGGACGAGGACUUUGAGAUUCCGGUGCUUCCUCAAGGGCGCCACCUGCUGGUCAGCAUCCUGUCCACGUGGGGCGACCGCCACUACGUUGGCUUGAAUGGAAUAGAGAUCUACAGCUCCAGCGGAGAGCCGGUCACUCCGGUCAGCGUCACAGCCGACCCUCCAGACAUCAACGUCCUUCCGGCCUAUGGCAGGGACCCCCGCGUGGUCUCCAACCUGACGGACGGCGUUAACCGCACUCAGGACGACAUGCACCUGUGGCUGGCUCCGUUCACUCCGGGCCGCAGACACCUGAUCUCCCUGGACCUGGGCUCCACGCUCCGCCUGGCCAUGAUCCGCAUCUGGAACUACAACAAGUCCCGCAUUCACUCCUUCAGGGGCGUCAGGGAGGUGGAGAUGACGCUGGACGGACGCUGCAUCUUCAGAGGAGAAAUCGCCAAAGCCUCCGGGACGCUCACAGGAGGUUUGGAUCAGUUCGGUGACACGAUUCUCUUCACCACUGAUGAUGAGAUCCUGGAAGCGAUGUCUCGUUAUGAUGACACUUUUGGGGGAAAUGUGGAGGGGGUGGAGCCUGGCCUGGAGGAGGAGGAGCUUCAGCGUCCGCGGACCGCAGACGGAGAGGGAGAGGAAAGACCGUUCACACAGGCCGGAUUCAGAGAGUCGAAGCCGGACCCUGGGGCCGAGCCGGUUGUUGAUCCGGAGCUCCAGAGUUGUGGACUCUACACAGGCAAGACUCUGCGUCUGGGUCUGCUGAUGACGUGGGGGGACUCCCAUUACCUCGGCCUGACGGGGUUAGAGGUCGUCGGGAAGGAGGGUGAGAGCAUCCCUGUUGACGUCUCCAUGGUAACAGCGUCACCGUGCGACCUCAAUGACCUCCCUGAGUACAACAACGACCUCCGAACUCUGGACAAGUUGUUUGAUGGACAGAACGUCACUUGUGAUGAUGAACACAUGUGGCUCAUCCCGUUUUCCCCCGGCUCUGACCACACCCUCAGCAUCGAGUUCAGCCAGUCGCAGACCAUCGCCGGCCUCCGCAUCUGGAACUACAACAAAUCACCCGAGGACUCUUACAGAGGGCUGCAGGCGCUGAAAGUGUGUGUGGACGGGGUGUGUAUCUCCCCUCCAGACGGGUUCCUGAUCCGGAAGGGUCCGGGGAACUGCCACUUCGACUUCGCUCAGGAGAUCCUGUUCAUGGACUACCUGCAAUGCCCGAGCUCCACCACAGGGGGCAGCAAAAACUCACAGGAGCCACACAGGACUGCGUGUAGAAGUGAAGAACAGGCCAGUAUGGAGUACGAGGCUCCGCUGAUGCCGUGUGGCUUUAUUUUCCAGCUGCAGCUGUUGACCACCUGGGGGGAUCCGUACUACAUCGGUCUGAACGGCCUGGAGCUCUACGACCAGAACGACCAGAAAAUAGCCCUCACCGAGAACAACAUCGCUGCGUUCCCGGACAGUGUGAACGUGUUGGAGAGUGUGUGUGGUGACGUCCGCACACCUGACAAACUGAUCGACGGCGUCAACAACACACACGAUGGACGACACAUGUGGCUCGCCCCCGUGCUGCCUGGCCUGGUGAACCGUGUCUAUGUGAUCUUUGAUCAGCCGAUGACGGUCUCUAUGAUUAAACUGUGGAACUACUCCAAAACCCCUCAGAGAGGAGUCAAAGAGUUCGGGCUUCUUGUCGAUGACCUGUUGGUGUAUAACGGAAUCCUGGAGUGUGUGACUCACGUGUCCCGUGGAAUCCUGCCGACCCUCGACCCCAUCGUACCGUAUCACACCAUCCUGUUCACCGACAACGCACAGAUCACUCACCGAGAGAGGAACACCAUCAUCAGCCCCAGACGCAGUUCACACCAUAAACUCAACCAUGUAGAAGAUCAGGAUGUGAAGAUGACCAACGAGAACCAGAUCGUCCACCACCACAAGAAGAAACAAACCGCAGACCCAGCGCUGCGACCCAAAACCUGUAUGACUGAUACAGGGAAACAUGGAAAACGACGAUACUGAAAGAAAGAAAGAAAGA